GCUCCCGGGCGCACGUGCUUUGAUUUUAGUUUUGCACCCUCGUUCCAGAUGCCAGAUCCGAAUGAAUACAGACCCAAAGCGGUUCACAUAAGACAAAUAAAACGCAUGCCACUUGCGCGCACGGCGCGCGCUUUCCACCGCGAGAACAUGUUGCGUGGAAACACGUUUUCUACGUGAAAUUCAGUGAAUGGACGACCCUCCCUUGUUGCUGAGACGCCCGCUUCAUCCAAGACAGAAAGAGCCGAGCUGUUGUCAUCACAACCGAUCGGCUUUAAUGGGACUUCUAAAGCAUCGCUGGUUUCAGGCUUUUAAAGGCGCCAUCGAUCGAUCGCUUCUGAAUGCAUAACCGUAAGAAGCUGUUUUCAUUGAAGGCCAACAGAAUUGCUUAAAGCAUGAUCGGAUGAUGUGCUGCUGUGUGUCUUCUCGAGGAAAACAGAGGAUGUUGUAACACAAUAGGGACACUGGAGUUAUGAAUGCUCAAUGGAUAACUGGCGCUGUCCGUUCAGCACCACCGUCAGUCUCACCUUGCGCCCAAUGACACCAUAAAAACCUCGGUGACCCUCUAACACCGGACACCGGAUUAUUUCAAGGAUCGUUUUGAGUCCACGUGUGGAUAACGGGCUUGGAUAUCCAUUGUCGAUCGGUUGGUGUAAAAGUGUGCCAUAUAGACACGCUUGGAGACAUAUGCAAGGGCACAUCUGGCACCAGCAGGUCGUUUUAUUUUCUAUAAUACAAGAAUAAAUUUGGAUUUUGCAUUAUAUUGUUGUCAUCAUAGACAUUUUAAUUGCACGUGUUCCAACGGCACGAUGAUGAUGAUAGGUUGGAGAUAUGACUAGAGAGGGACGCGAUGGGCCAAGGCGACGACAAAGAUCGCAUCGUGAUCAACGUCGGAGGAAUCAAACACCAGACCUACCGAAGCACCCUACGCACCCUGCCCGGCACCCGUCUCUCCUGGCUGGCGGAGCCCGACGCUCCGAACAACUUUGACUAUGACGCGAACAUCGGUGAGUUUUUCUUCGACCGUCACCCGGGUGUCUUCGCCCACAUCCUCAACUACUACCGCACGGGCAAACUGCACUGCCCGGCGGACGUGUGCGGACCCUUGUACGAGGAGGAAUUGGCGUUUUGGGGAAUCGAUGAGACGGACGUGGAGCCCUGUUGCUGGAUGACCUACCGGCAACAUCGGGAAGCCGAAGAGGCUUUGGACAGCUUCACCGGGGGUGCCCUCGACCUCAGCCACGAAGACCUGGAGCCAGAUGGAGUGGCUGAAGCGGCGGAGGGGGACGAGGGUGUGGAGAUGACCCGGAGACUGGCGCAAGGGGACUCGCCCGACAACAGAUCCGGACGCUGGAACCGAUGGCAAAAGAAGACUUGGGCGCUUUUUGAAGAUCCGUAUUCGUCAAAAUACGCACGGUGGAUAGCGUUCGCAUCACUGUUCUUCAUCUUGCUUUCCAUCACCACAUUCUGCUUGGAGACCCACGAAGCCUUUAACCCUGUCAUCAACCGUACCGAGUACAUCACUAAGGGCAACGAAACCGUGGAGCACAUCAUCCGUGAGACGGAGACAAUGGUGCAGCUAACCUACGUCGAGGGCGUAUGCGUGGUGUGGUUCACGUUUGAGUUUCUGAUUCGUGUGACGACCUGUCCGAACAAACUGAAGUUUGUGAGGAACACCCUCAACAUCAUCGACUUUGUGGCGAUUCUUCCAUUUUACCUGGAGGUGGGCCUGAGCGGCAUGUCCUCCAAAGCAGCGAAAGACGUUUUGGGUUUUCUCCGCGUGGUGCGAUUCGUGCGAAUUCUUCGUAUCUUCAAGCUGACGCGGCACUUCGUAGGAUUGAGGGUACUGGGCCACACGCUCCGCGCCAGCACGAACGAAUUCAUACUCCUUAUCAUUUUCCUUGCGCUUGGAGUCUUGAUCUUUGCCACUAUGAUCUAUUAUGCAGAACGCAUCGGAAAAAACCCCAACGAUCCUUACAUUAGUAACGGCACACACUUCAAAAACAUCCCUAUCGGAUUCUGGUGGGCUGUGGUAACUAUGACAACACUGGGCUACGGUGAUAUGUACCCCCAGACGACCUCCGGCAUGCUGGUGGGUGCGCUCUGCGCCCUGGCGGGUGUGCUGACUAUCGCCAUGCCCGUACCGGUUAUCGUAAACAACUUUGGCAUGUAUUACUCCCUAGCGAUGGCCAAACAAAAACUACCAAAGAAGAAAAAUAAGCAUAUACCACGAGCACCUCAACUGGGGUCUCCCAACUACUGCAAAUCAGUCAAUAACUCUCCGCGACCCAGUACUCACAGCGACACAUGUCCUCUGGCACAGGAAGAGGUUUCUGAGAUCCGAUACCAAGCAGUUGGAGAUUUUAAAGUGAACGGCGAGCCGUCCAAAGCUGCCCUGGCCAAUGAGGACUGCCCUCACAUCGACCAGGCGGUGUCACCCGAAGAAGUCUUCAGCCCCGUCGACCGCGAUAAACCCUGCUUCCUGCUCACCUCCGGAAAAGAACGAGCCAAUCACACGGGGGGAAGAGUCAGGAAGGGUUAUGAAAAGCCAUGGAGCCAUAGCAGCAUGUCUGGAGGCGUGGCCUCAGUGUCGGCAUUGCCCUGCAGCCCGCCCUGUCUCAUGCAGCAGGUCCACUCUCCCAUUCCAUCCAUCCUGUAGCAUGGACAACAAAACUAACCAAUCAGAAGCCCUCGCUCUGCAGCGCUGCACUGAGACGCCCACUCACACCGUGUACCAUCAGUCUUUCAUUAAACUCUAUCUUUCUUCUUCAUCACCUUCAACACCACCUUUCCCCUUCUGCACUUUCAUACUUUUCCUUUCUCCCUUCUUCAUACCUCCUCCUCCUCCUUUCCUCCCUGGGUGUUUCUAAGCUCAUUGGGUGCUAAUGGACACCAUUGAAAAAAUGGCUAUUUCAUAUGUAGCAUUAAGACAGAUAUGAUUUAGUUUACACUUACCAAUCACGAUUCUAGUAAUGCACACGUCACCGACUGAAGAAACUUCACUUGCAUGCCUUGCAUGGGAGCGAUCUGAGAAAAAUGUAAGUGUGAAAGAAAUUGUUUUUUUUCCUUAAGAGCUUUUUUGAAUAUAACUGAUGCAGAUCAUUUACGAAGAUACGCAACACAUGUAGCAACGUUUUUUUUUUUUGCCUUUCCCCAAAUUCUCACAUCGUCGGUAGCAAAUCGUCCAAAUUUUUGAAUCAAGAUGCAAUUAGCAUUGCACUAUGCACUUUUCUCAAGCAGAGCGUGCAAAUUUAAACGUAUUUCAUAAUAACAUCAGCUUUUGUUACUACAAUCUGCGCAUACUGUACUUGGAUACAUGUGUAUAUCUUAUUUUCAAACUUUGUCAUUGUAGCAAAUCACACACACCAACAAAAUGUACAAAAUAUAGAUGUAUCAUGUGCAUUUAAAUAUUGUACUUUUGGGAUGACUUGGGGAGAGGUAAAUGCAUGCACUUUUAUGCAAAAGUAAAGAAAACGAAACGUGCGAAUGACAAACUGUAAAUAUGAACCAUGCAUGAAUAAAUUUUUUAUUCAAUCUG